CUGCCCUCCUCCAACAAGCCCCGCCUGGCCGGGCUCUGGAGCGCAGGGCGAGGCCGGGGCGGGGUCUCGGGCAGCAGUUUCCCGCGGACCCCGAGAGGAGCGGCCGCCGUAAGUGACCGCACAGAGCCCGAGGAGUCGCCGCGCCUCGCUGCAGCCCCGUCCGGUCCCCCGCCUUGCCCGUGGGCUCCGCCGGGAUGGGGAACCUCCGGGACCUGGGCCAGCCGCGGGCCGGUCUCUGCCUGCUCCUGGCCACGCUGCAGCUUCUGCCCGGGACGCAGGCCGAUCCUGUGGAUGUGCUGAAGGCCAUGGGUGUGCGGGGAGGCCAGGCUGGGGUCCCUGAGGUGCCUGGCUUCUGUCCCCAGAGGACUCCGGAGGGUGACCGGGCAUUCAGAGUGGGCCAGGCCAGCACGCUCGGCAUCCCCACGUGGGAACUCUUUCCAGAUGGCCACUUUCCUGAGAACUUCUCCCUGCUGAUCACCUUGCGGGGCCAGCCAGCCAAUCAGUCUGUCCUGCUGUCCAUUUAUGAUGAAACGGGUGCCCGGCAGUUGGGCCUGGCACUGGGGCCAGCCCUGGAUCUCCUAGGUGGCCCCUUCCGCCCCCUCCCCCAGCAGGUCAACCUCACAGAUGGAAGGUGGCACCGUGUGGCGGUCAGCAUAGAUGGUGGGAUGGUGACCCUGGUCACUGACUGUGAAGCUCAGCCCCCUGUCUUGAGCCAUGGCCCCCGAUUCAUCAGCAUAGCCGGACUCACUAUGCUGGGGACCCAGGACCUUGGGGAGAAGACUUUUGAGGGAGACAUUCAGGAGCUGCUGAUAAGUCCAGAUCCUCAGGCUGCCUUCCAGGCUUGUGAGCGGUACCUCCCCGGCUGUGACAGCCUGGUGCCGGGAGCCACAGAGGCUCCCCAGGGUGAACCAGAAACCCCUCGUCCUCGGCGGAAGGGGAAGGGAAAGGGGAGGAAGAAAGGGCGAGGCCGCAAGGGGAAGGGCAGGAAAAAGAAGAACAAGGAAAUUUCGACGUCAAGUCCACCUCCUGACUCCCUGGAGAACCAGACCUCCACUGACAUCCCCAAGACAGAGACUCCGGCUCCAAAUCUGCCUCCGACCCCCAUGCCUUUGGUCAUCACCUCCACUGUGACUACUGGCCUCAAUGCCACCACCAUCCUAGAGGGAAGCUUGGACCCUGACAGUGGAACCGAGCUGGGGACCCCAGAGACCGAGGCAACCAGGGAAGAUGAAGAAGGAGGUGAUUCCACCAUGGGGCCUGACUUCCGGGCAGCAGAACACCCAUCUCAGACUCAGUUCCAGAUCUUUCCUGGUGCUGGACAGAAAGGAGCAAAAGGAGAGCCGGCAGUGAUUGAACAGGGGCAGCAAUUUGAGGGACCUCCAGGAGCCCCAGGACCCCGAGGGGUGGUUGGCCCCUCAGGCCCUCCUGGACCCCCAGGAUUCCCUGGGGACCCUGGACUACCGGGCCCUGCUGGCCUCCCAGGAAUCCCCGGCAUUGACGGGAUCCGGGGCCCACCGGGCACAGUGAUCAUGAUGCCGUUCCAGUUUGCAGGUGGCUCCUUUAAAGGACCCCAAGUCUCCUUCCAGCAGGCCCAGGCUCAGGCAGUUCUGCAGCAGACCCAGCUUUCUAUGAAAGGCCCCCCUGGACCAGUGGGGCUCACCGGGCGCCCAGGCCCCGUGGGCCUUCCCGGACAUCCAGGUCUAAAAGGAGAGGCGGGAGUGGCAGGGCCACAGGGUCCCCGAGGUCUACAGGGACCUCAUGGACCCCCUGGCCGAGUGGGCAAGAUGGGCCGCCCUGGAGCAGACGGGGCUCGGGGCCUCCCAGGGGACACUGGACCUAAGGGUGAUCGUGGCUUCGAUGGCCUCCCAGGGCUGCCUGGUGAGAAGGGCCAAAGGGGUGACUUUGGCCACGUGGGACAACCUGGUCCUCCAGGAGAGGAUGGUGAGAGGGGACCAGAGGGACCUCCAGGGCCCACUGGCCAGGCUGGGGAGCCGGGUCCCCGAGGACUGAUUGGCCCCAGAGGCUCCCCUGGCGUCGUGGGUCGCCCGGGUGUAACUGGAAUUGACGGUGCUCCUGGUGCCAAAGGCCAUGUGGGUCCUCCAGGAGAACCAGGCCCUCCAGGACAACAGGGAAACCACGGGUCCCAGGGAAUCCCCGGCCCCCAGGGACUCAUCGGCACUCCUGGGGAGAAGGGUCCCCCUGGAAACCCAGGAAUUCCAGGCCUCCCAGGAGCUGAUGGCCCUCCGGGUCACCCAGGCCAUGAGGGCCCCACGGGAGAGAAAGGAGUCCAGGGUCCACCAGGGUCGGCAGGCCCUCCAGGCUAUCCUGGACCUCGAGGAGUGAAGGGCACUUCAGGGAACCGGGGCCUCCAGGGGGAGAAAGGCGAGAAGGGAGAGGACGGCUUCCCGGGCUUCAAGGGUGACGUGGGGCUCAAAGGUGAUCGGGGGAAGCCUGGAGCCCCAGGUCCCCGGGGAGAGGAUGGUCCCGAGGGGCCAAAGGGGCAGGAGGGGCUGGCUGGCGAGGAGGGGCCCCCAGGUUCAGCUGGGGAGAAGGGCAAGCUUGGGGUGCCAGGCCUCCCAGGUUAUCCAGGACGUCCUGGAUCUAAGGGAUCCGUUGGAUUUCCGGGGCCCCUGGGACCCAUAGGAGAGAAAGGGAAGUCGGGAAAGGCAGGACAGCCAGGGCUGGAAGGAGAGCGGGGACCACCAGGCUCCCGUGGAGAGAGGGGGCAACCAGGUGCCACAGGGCAACCAGGCCCCAAGGGUGAUGUGGGCCAGGACGGGUCCCCUGGCAUCCCUGGAGAAAAGGGCCUCCCUGGUCUGCAAGGCCCUCCAGGAUUCCCCGGGCCAAAGGGCCCCCCUGGUCACCAAGGUAAAGAUGGACGACCAGGGCACCCUGGACAGAGAGGAGAAUUGGGCUUCCAAGGUCAGACAGGCCCGCCUGGACCAGCUGGUGUCUUGGGCCCUCAGGGAAAGACAGGAGAAGUGGGACCUCUGGGUGAAAGGGGGCCUCCGGGCCCCCCUGGACCUCCUGGUGAACAAGGUCUUCCUGGCCUGGAAGGCAGAGAGGGAGCCAAGGGGGAACUAGGACCACCAGGACCCCUUGGGAAGGAAGGGCCAGCUGGACCCAGGGGCUUUCCCGGCCCCAAGGGGGCCCCUGGGGACCCGGGACCUACUGGUUUGAAGGGUGACAAGGGACCCCCAGGGCCCGUCGGGGCCAAUGGCUCCCCUGGUGAGCGGGGUCCUUUGGGCCCAGCAGGAGGCAUUGGACUUCCUGGCCAAAGUGGCAACCAGGGCCCCAUUGGGCCUGCAGGCGAGAAGGGGUCCCCAGGAGAACGUGGUCCCCCUGGCGCCACUGGCAAGGAUGGGAUCCCAGGGCCCUUAGGGCCUCUGGGACCCUCUGGAGCUGCUGGGCCUUCUGGCGAGGAAGGGGACAAGGGGGACGUGGGCGCCCCCGGUCACAAGGGGAUCAAAGGCGAUAAAGGAGAUGCGGGCCCACCUGGACCAGCAGGGAUACGGGGUCCUGCAGGACACCCAGGUCCCCCAGGAGCAGACGGGGCUCAGGGGCGCCGGGGACCCCCAGGCCUCUUUGGGCAGAAAGGAGAUGAUGGAGUCAGAGGCUUUGUGGGGGUGAUUGGCCCUCCUGGAUUGCAGGGGCUGCCAGGCCCUCCUGGAGAGAAAGGGGAGGUUGGAGACGUUGGGUCCAUGGGUCCCCAUGGAGCUCCAGGUCCUCGGGGUCCCCAAGGCCCCAGUGGAUCAGAGGGCACUCCAGGGCUGCCUGGAGGAGUUGGUCAGCCAGGCGCUGUGGGUGAGAAGGGUGAGCCAGGGGAGGCUGGAGACCCAGGGCCACCAGGAGCCCCGGGCAUCCUGGGGCCCAAAGGAGACAUUGGUGAAAAGGGGGACUCAGGCCCAUCUGGAGCUGCUGGACCUCCAGGCAAGAAAGGUCCCCCUGGAGAGGAUGGAGCCAAAGGGAACAUGGGCCCCACAGGGCUCCCCGGAGAUCUAGGGCCCCCAGGAGACCCUGGAGUUUCAGGCAUAGACGGUUCCCCAGGGGAGAAGGGAGACCCUGGUGAUGUUGGGGGGCCGGGCCCGCCUGGAGCUUCUGGGGAACCCGGCGCCCCUGGGCCCCCCGGCAAGAGGGGUCCUUCAGGCCACAUGGGUCGAGAAGGUAGAGAAGGGGAGAAAGGUGCCAAGGGAGAGCCAGGUCCCGACGGGCCCCCAGGGAGGACAGGUCCAAUGGGGGCUCGAGGGCCUCCUGGACGUGUGGGGCCCGAAGGUCUUCGAGGGAUUCCUGGCCCUGUGGGUGAACCAGGCCUCCUGGGAUCCCCUGGACUGAUGGGCCCUCCAGGCCCUCUGGGGCCCUCUGGCCUCCCAGGGCUGAAGGGAGAUGCUGGCCCCAAGGGGGAAAAGGGCCACAUUGGAUUGAUUGGUCUCAUUGGCCCCUCGGGGGAAGCUGGUGAGAAAGGAGAUCAGGGGUUACCAGGCAUGCAGGGACCUCCUGGCCCCAAGGGAGACCCUGGUCCCCCUGGUCCCAUCGGCUCUCUGGGCCACCCUGGGCCCCCAGGCAUGGUGGGCCCUCUGGGACAGAAAGGCUCAAAGGGGUCUCCGGGUUCCAUGGGCCCCCGUGGAGACACCGGACCUGCAGGGCCCCCAGGCCCCCCAGGUCCCCCUGCCGAGCUUCAUGGGCUGCGCAGGCGCCGGCGCUCGGUCCCAGUCCCGCUCCCAUUCGUGGAGGGCGGCCUGGAGGAGGUGCUGGCCUCGCUCACGUCGCUGAGCUUGGAGCUGGAGCAGCUGCAGCGUCCUCCCGGCACUGCCGAGCGCCCGGGCCUCGUGUGCCACGAGCUGCACCGCAACCACCCGCACCUGCCUGAUGGGGAAUACUGGAUUGACCCCAACCAGGGCUGCGCGCGGGACUCCUUCAGGGUUUUUUGCAACUUCACGGCGGGAGGAGAGACCUGCCUCUAUCCCGACAAGAAGUUUGAGAUCGUGAAAUUGGCCUCCUGGUCCAGGGAAAAGCCUGGAGGCUGGUAUAGCACAUUCCGUCGAGGGAAGAAGUUCUCCUACGUGGACGCCGACGGGGCCCCAGUGAAUGUCGUGCAGCUGAACUUCCUGAAACUGCUGAGUGCCACAGCUCGCCAGAGCUUCACCUACUCCUGCCAGAAUGCGGCUGCCUGGCUGGACCAAGCCACAGGUGACCACAGCCGCUCCGCCCGCUUCCUUGGCACCAAUGGAGAGGAGCUGUCCUUCAACCAGAUGACAGCAGCCACCGUCAGUGUCCCCCAGGACGGCUGCCGGCUCCGGAAAGGACAGACAAAGACCAUUUUCGAAUUCAGCUCUUCUCGAGCGGGAUUUCUGCCCCUGUGGGAUGUGGCGGCCACUGACUUUGGCCAGACGAACCAGAAGUUUGGAUUUGAACUGGGCCCUGUCUGCUUCAGCAGCUGAGAGUGUUUGGGGUGGGAGGGAUCAUAAGGGAGCCCCAAAAUGGGGUGCAUUUGGUGCUGAGGCUUUGAAGCCACCCUAUUUAUCGUUACCUGUGACUCUGGAGCCAAUGGGAUGUGACUUCGCUCAUCACGGUUAGUCAUUCCUUCUCCUUUCCAGGGCACUGGUGGCUGGGUUUCCCUGGCCCAAAGGUCCAGCCUCCUCCCACCCCAUUUUAGGUGGCAAACUGCAGUCUGGCUCUUUCUCCCCUCCCUUUUCACCCAAGCCUCUACCCCCAUCCCUUGAACUCCCAUGUAAUGAGCUUCUAACUUAGAGCUGAUGAACGAUAUCCCCCCCCAUCCCCAAUGCCUGCCUCCUCACUCCUCCAUCACUGCCUUUCACACCUUUUGGUGCUACCCCUCCCCAGAGUUAAGCACUGGAUGUCUCCUGAUCCCAGGCUGGGACCCUCCCCCCCACCCCCUUUGAUCCUUUCUAUUUCCAUGGUGAAAGGGCUGAAGUCAGACUACAGAGGGAAGUGGGACUUCCCUUGACUGAGCUGUUUCUUCUCCUGCCUCAGCCCAGCUCUGCAAAUCCACUCCCCGUUCUCCCCACCUGCCCAGGCUAACCUUGCCAUGCCAGGUGGUUUGGGGACCAAGAUGGUGGGGAGAGAAUCAGGAUCCUAAUGGUGCUGCCCUAUUUAUACCUGGGUCUGUAUUAAAGGGGAAAAUACCCUCCUGUUGUAGAUUUCAUCUGCUUUCUCCUUAGGGAAGGCUGGGAUAUGAUGAGAGAUUCCAGCCCAAGCCCGGCCUCCCGUCCCCAGGCCAUAGGGCAUAAUUUGCAUCUCAAAUCUGAGAAUAAACCGAUGAACUGUG